CUGUUUCCUUUGAUUGACAGCUGCUGGAGAGAGAAACUUCAAAGGACACAGUGUCUUGUGACGCUACGCUGUAGGGCGGAGCUUGUUACCGUGCCGACACAGAAAUUACCAUGGCAGUGGUGUAGUGCAUUUUUUUCUCACGUGGAACUAUGAUGUCACAGAGCUCUAUGACCUCAUAGUCUUAGGACUCUCUCAAACUGACCUGAGCGGCUGCACAAACUGCACACAUCUAAUCAAGAGAGAGAGAGAUUACAGAGAGCCAACCUGAACACAGAUUUCAGUUAACUCAAGAGAUCCAACAAGUCAAAGCUACUCAUCAGAAGAUGUCUGAACAGAGACAGGUUUUAACUUCAAGUCCACUAGAGAGAGAAACUGAGACCAUGGACGAGUACUCCAACAACGUGGUCUCAGAACUCCUGGAGCUCACUGCUGCUAACCUCAGCGAGCAGAAGCUGUACAUCCACAGCUGGGAGACAGGAGAGAGAAAGACACCUGAGGAUGACGAGGAUUAUUAUUUAGCUGAUGAUCUCACCCAACAGGACAAAGAACGGAUCAAAAAGUUUUUCAACAUGCGGCGAGUGUUUGCUGAGCAUCUUGGAGAGGUUGCAGAAAUCAAGGAGACCAUCACUCCCUGCAACCCUUCAACAGAAAGCACCACCGCAGAAAACACAGGUGACAAGUCUUUCUUUAAAAAAGUCAAGACGGCCUGGAAGAAAUGUUUUAGUACGAAGAGCAAGGAGGAAGGUGUGAGGACCGCUGAGGAUGAAAGAGAAGAACUCGACUCUACUUCAGAGCGAGCUGAGGAGGAAACAAAAGCAGAGGAAGAGUUGAGGAGCUUCCCAUCUCAGUCCUCUACCUGCCCCAUCCCAUCACCAAACCAGGUGGAUGAGGGCAUUCAACUGGAGAGCCAAAGAGCCAAAGAGGAGACAUCAACCUCUGACCAGGCAGGCAGCAGCUCCCAGACUAGUGAUAGAUGUUCACCGGUCACUGAGGAGGUCAAACUGCUCAUACCGCAGACAGUCCAGGACAGUGUGGAGAUCCUGCAGUGUCCUGAGUCCGUCAGUGCUCUGAACAACACUGACUCUGACAACAAAAACAAGAAACCAGCUCGCAAAUCACUCUUCAAAAGAGCACAGAUGACAUGGAAGGCUGGCUUUGGCAAGAAAACAAGCAAAAAAAUCAACAGGGAUGAAGGUUCACACAAACAAGACCCAGACUCUUCUUCUCUGGAAGGAGCUAAGGAGGAGGAAGAACUGUCCCUGUGCUUGAUGCCAUCACCAGAAGAGAUUGAUGAAGUCACUCCAUCAGAAAUCCAACCAACAGAUGAGAGCCCUAAAGAUUUACAGGAGGAACCCUUCAGUCCAUGGAACAGGAUCAUUCAUGUCUACAAAUGUGAAGAAGAGCAUUUAGAGAUUGAAGCUGGUGGACAGCCGACAGAGAGCCCUCUGGAUUCAGAAACUCUGCUAAAAGAGGAAAUCAGGAGUCUGCCUCCAACCGCCACUAGUUCAUCUGCAGAACUGUCUCUGUGCUUGAUGCCAUCACCAAAAGAGAUGGAUGAAGUCACUCCAUCAGAAAUCCAACCAACAGAUGAGAGCCCUAAAGAUUUACAGGAGGAACCCUUCAGUCCAUGGAACAGGAUCGUUCAGGUCUUACCCUACAAAUGUGAAGAAGAGCAUUUAGAGAUUGAAGCUGGUGGACAGCCGACAGAGAGCCCUCUGGAUUCAGAAACUCUGCUGAAAGAGGAAAUCAGGAGUCCAACCGCCACUAGUUCAUCUGCAGACUCACCGGUCACUGAGGAGGCCAAACUGCUCGUCCUGCAAGUGGCUGAAGACAGUAUGAAGAUCCUUCAGUGUCCUGAGUCCGUCAGUGCUCUGAACAACACUGACUCUGACAACAAAACCAAGAAACCAGCUCGCAAAUCACUCUGCAAAAGAGCAAAGAUGACAUGGAGGGCCUGCUUUGGUAAGAAAAUGAUGGUUGAAGUCACUCCAUCAGAAAUCCAACCAACAGAUGAGAGUCCUAAAGAUUUACAGGAGACUUUAGAGGAAGAGGAAGUUAGCAAGGACAAAUCUCCUACCCCUGAAAGAUCCCCAGGAAAAGAGGAGGAGCCAGCUGUAGCUUCAGAGAACCAGCAGCUAGUCUUUGAAUCCUCAGAGAUCUCUGCUAUCCUGGAGAGGUUCUUCCAGAGUCUCAGUGAAGAGCAGUGGAGAGAAGUAAGCGAGGGAGUUUACAAUGAGGGUGUGAAGGAGCUGCUCGUUGUCCUGUGUAUAGAUGUGCUGAUUUUCAUCACAGACUCCGUCAUCAAGAUUGUCUACCAGUCAAUCCAUCAAAGCUCCACCACCUCUGACGUCCUCACCCUGAAGAGCCAAACGUCCUCCACACGUCUCACAGAGAACUUCAACGACAAGAUUCAGGGCAGUUUUGAAAAGUCCUUCAGCCAGGCUCUCCAUGACGUCGUCGGUGUGGACACCCAUGUGAGGAUUUCAUCUGAGUUCAGUCAGGCCAUCGCGGGAGAUGUUGUCCGGGAGGUGACCUCUGCACUGCACACGCUGAUCCAAGCCCCAUUGGAUGAAGACUUCACCGGCACUCCUGUUCCUGCUAGCUGCCGUGUGCCAAAAGACAAAGCAGGCAGGAAGACUUUGGCAGGAGUGAUUGCAACAAUGAGGUCCUUUCUUACAGGCCGAGUCACGUCCAUCAAAAGAAAGGUUCUGACAAAAUGUUCAACUGAGGAAUCCAAAGAGAAACCAACAGUACAGACGUGGGCUAACCAAUGGGAGAGAUGUUUCUCUGCAUCGCACAGGGGAAGGGUCCAUCCUUUUACCAGUCCAGACUUGGAUGCAGCUGAUACUUCCGCCAGAGCUGAACUAUCUGGAGCUACCACUGAUCUGCCCCCCAGCAAAAUGAAAUAUAUACCACUGGAGAUAGUCGACAUCAGUGAGGACGAGGAAAUGACUCACCAAGACCACCCAAGUGUCAUCUCACCUGUGUUUGUUACCAAACCAAUUCCCCAGGAUCAUCUGGUCCUUGAGGACCCUGAUAAGACCGACGAUGAGAAGUCUCCCACUAAGUCUCAGAUCAGUGAUUCUGGUGUCAGUGAAAUCACUGCCAGCGUCUCAGAUUCAGAGUCGAAGAAGAAGAAGAAGAAGAGCUUCUGGAGCUUCCUCUGCUGCAUCUUCAGAAAGAAUGAGGACAAAAAGAAGAACAAAGACAACAAUGGACAGGAAAAGCCCAAACGCUGCUGCUGCUGCUGCUGCUGCUGGAUGCGACUGCUGUGCUGCUGUUGCACUGAAAACGAACCCCCCUAGAACUUAACCCCCACAGUCUAUAAUGCAUAGAUAAAACCCCAUAAAUAACAACACAAAGAAAAACAACAUAAAAAAAAGAACAAACAAAAAACAAAUAAAAACCUAAAAAUAAA